ACACUCAGAGUCAAUAGCUAGGAUGCCAAAACAUGCUGUGCAGUUGCUGUUAUUCAUUCGUGCAUUCAUAAUUAUCCUACUACCAUUCUGAUAAACGUCCCGUAGAAUAACGUUUUAACUAGGCGGAUUGUGUGUGGGGCGGCUUUGUUGCUCGUCGGCCGGAACAAACUGUUCAUGUGUUGGCGUUAUUUACAUGCCGAGGCGUCACGGAAUCCCACAGUAUAAGUAGCUUUAUAUAGAUACCACGUCAGUUGAAGUUGUCACUACACUGCGAGGGGCAUAAGAUGGCUGGCCUGUACUUGGUUGUGCUUUUGGUUGCGUUCAAGGAUGCGACCGCAUAUCCUGAACUCUACGUUGAUGAUACUGCUGUCCUUGGACAACGAACGUCUUUACGCUGCAUCUGUGAUGGGGCAAUGACUUUAAAAGAGCCCAAAGGCACGACCGUCCUGCACUGUAAAUCAUCGACCAGCGGUUGCCUAAAUAAUAAUGAAGACCAUAUCUUUUUAGAUAGAAAUAAAAGUGAAGGAGAAACGUAUGUAGCAGUCAUAAAAGAAACUCGGGCGCAAGAUGAAGGAGAAUGGAGAUGUCAGUGUGGAGACAAAGAGGCUACGGCCACGCUACGUGUACAGCGUAAGGGAUCCACGGGUCCCCAGGCUCCUUCGGAAUCGAAAAAUGCAACCGCAUAUCCUGCACUCUUCGUUGGUGAUACUGCUGUCCUUGGACAACGAACGUCUUUACGCUGCAUCUGUGAUGGGGCAAUGACUUUAAAAGAGCCCAAAGGCACGACCGUCCUGCACUGUAAAUCAUCGACUAGCGGUUGCCUAAAUAAUAAUGAAGACCAUAUCUUUUUAGAUAGAAAUAAAAGUGAAGGAGAAACGUAUGUAGCAGUCAUAAAAGAAACUCGGGCGCAAGAUGAAGGAGAAUGGAGAUGUCAGUGUGGAGACAAAGAGGCUACGGCCACGCUACGUUUACAUGGAUCCCCGCAUCCUUUUACUGAUUCAAAUUCGAGCUUUUGCAUUUAUCCAUGUUUCAAAUUACUCAUGUUCUUACUUUUAUUAGUAUAUCUGACCUGAAUUCCACCAGACUUGAAACAUACCGACUACACAUUCCACCAUCUUCCCAAGGCAAGGGAAUUUAACUGACUAUAAAAGUCCAGUUUCCACCCUUGCCGAACUAGAAUGGUAUUAUGGAGUUCCAUUUUGGCUGGAGAGUCUGGAGAGUCAAUGAACAAUUGUGCAACGAAUUCGAAAUCCGGGUCGUAAACUGUCAUGCAGAUGUCGGUCGAUAGCAGGAUUUCCCAAACAUUUGCAGCCCCAACUCGUUGUCAACAGAUAUUUUCUAAAUCUUUUCAUGCUUUUAAUCAAGGAGUUCACGUAAUUUGAUGCACUUCGCGAUGUAAGACGCGUUUUAUCACUAUACUUCAGUCGUGAUUAUCGACAAGACUUGGCGCCGCCAUUUUGAUUGAAGCAAAUGCAAGUAAUACGAGAGGUGGAAUCUGAUUGGCCCAAAGUAGAGGCAUAGAAGGGACAUUGCUCGUAAUACCCACUGGUGGUGCAACGAUCGAGCCCAGAAACUGCGAAAAGAGCCAUGAGCGAGAAUAUUUUACUUUGCUCAAAACUCAUAUUUGUUUGUUUUGCAAAUGUAUAAAGGUGUUUCUACAAGUAAUAAUCAUAUUGAGAAGGCUUUUCCUGUUCCUGUUCUGAACAAAUAAUAUAACAUACCAAAUGCUAAUGCAAACGCGAAUGCCUCUGCCUCGAAUAAAUCGUGUCUUGUAAUAUUA